AUGUUCGCCUGCCCAGGGGAUCUGGUGCACACCUUCAUGCAGGUGGAUGUCGCGCGCACCAAGGAUGGGCGGCUGGUGGUGCUGCAUGCCCGUGAGCUGGCCGCCUUGACAGGCACCAGUGGCAAGCAGGACAACAUGCAGCCCACUGACCUGCCAGUCAUGACCUCUGCUGUGGCUGCACUGCUGCGAGAGGUCCCAUGCCCAAACUGCAUCGUUUGGGGGAAGUUUGAUGAGCUGGCACUGGCGCUUCGCCAGGCUGUCCCAGGUCAGAGCGUGGGCUACGUCGUCAUGAACGAGACCGCCGAGGUGCGAAGUGCAGGGUGGGACGUCCCCCUCCGCUCCCCCGAGGCUCAAGUGACGGCGCUGCACUAUGCCAUGGCCUCCACCCAGCUCCUGGACCUCCUCCAUGCCGCUGCAAAGCGGGUGAUCGUGUGGACCGCCAAUGCGCCGCACAUGGUGCGACUGGCUCUGGACGCGGGGGCGGACGGUGUCGUGACCAGCUACCCAAAGAUGGUGCAGAAGGCGCUGAUGCAGCGGCGAGACGCAUGUCUCCGGCUGUAUGGACAUGCGCCCGUGGGCUGA